GUUUAAUAAAUUCUAUUCGUCCUCUGAACCCUCACAUUAUUAUUUAAAUUAUAUAAAAAAAGCUCACGACUACUUCUUGGAAGUGUCAAAACGUGUUUUGUCAGUAGAAUGUGAGGUCGUCACAGAAGGCAUUUGAAAUCUUUCCGGUUUGAGUGUGGAAAAUAGGUGUCUGAUGCCACGUAAGAAAUUCCUUGUAAAGGUGGAUUAAAGUGUAAUAAUUCAUCAAAGUAAACAUGAAUAUCAGCAACGAAGCAGUGUUAUUUGAGGUGGUGGAUAUCAGCAACGGAACUACAUUACCGGAAGUUACGAAAAUCAACAAUGAAACUUCAAUAAACAAAUGUCCAACUCUCGAGAUUAUACAACCCAUUAUCGCAACCGCCAUCGUUUUGUCAGUGGUGUGUCUAAUCAUAACCAUUAUUGUGUAUAUACUAGUAUCAGAAUCGAAGACUUUACAUGGAAAAAUCUUGAUAUCUUUGUCCGCGUGUCUAGGAACUAUGUAUUCUCUCCUCUUCUUGGCAGUGUACUUGCAACCAUACCUAACCAUCACCUUAUGCGUGACAAUGGGAACUGUAACUUACAUUAUGUUCAUAGCGACAUUUUAUUGGUUGAACGUCAUGACUUACGAUCUUUGGAAGACAGUAAGCUCCACCACAGCAUCCACAAAUUCCAGGCAUUCAAAGAAAUAUCUCAGGUAUUCUGCUUACGCUUGGACUUCCACCAUUAUCACCUGUAUACCCAUGAUCAUCGUACAAAAUACGAAUUUGGUUCCUGAAAAAUAUCACCCAGGAAUAGGAGAAGUAAGCUGUUGGUUUAAGGGAUAUACUGCUCCUUUAAUUUAUAUGAGUAUUCCUAUUGGUAUUAUACUGUUCUCCAACAUAGUGAUGUUCAUCCUUACCACAAAGACUCUCGUACAGAUAGAUAAUAUGACACAGAAGUUUCAACUUCGACAGAAUAAAAUUCAGUUCAAAUUAUAUUUAAAACUCUUCUUAAUAAUGGGACUGUCGUGGAUGACCGAUUUCAUCCCGUCCAUGUUCGAUAACUGCCAUAUUUAUCUGAUAACCGACACAUUUAAUGCCCUGCACGGACUUUUUCUCUUCCUGAUUUUUAUUUGCAAAAAGAAGAUUCUGAAACCCAUUUUUGAUUUCUGCAAAAUCCGUGGAUGCGCAUCUUUAUGCAAGAAAUCGUCGUUUCAUCUGGACACUGGCAAUUUGGAAGAAUACAGCGGAAGUAAAGGAAGUUUUUCUACCUCCGUCACCGAUAUUUAGACAUUUCUUUAAAUUAUUUAGCAAAUAAUAAUAAUAGUAGUAAAUUUAUUCUCGAUCCUCUUGUACAUACGUGGCUCAAAGCAUCGUGGUUUUGCAUACAAGUCGACCCCCCCUAUAACACUGUUGAAUAUUC